AGGGAAUCUCAUCACAGACAAAGCACCCGGCUGCGCUCAAUAAUACUGUGACACUGUACUUCUUUGCUUGCAUCGUUUAUCUCAUACAUUCCUAGUUGCGACUACUCCAUUUAUCAUAUUGCACGAAAUCUCUGCAGCUACGUCGGACAGCAAUGGCGGACGGCGGAGGCUGGAGCACUAUCGAGUCGGACGAGGGUGUUUUCACAUCUCUGAUUGAGAAUCUUGGAGUCAAGGGUGUACAAUUCGAAGAGCUUAUUUCCUUGGAUGCGGACACGAUACGGUCAUUAGGGCCAGUGUACGGCGUCAUCUUCCUGUUCAAAUGGAUCGGCGGCCAGAGCCGCGAUUCCACCACUCCGCAAGACGGCACAUACGACCAGUCCGCCACAGAAGACGGGCUCUUCUUCGCAGCGCAAACGAUCCAAAAUGCCUGCGGCACGCAGGCUAUCCUAUCCGUGAUCCUCAACCAAGAUGAUCCAUCCAACACCCCCGCCCCCAUCGAGAUCGGACCAGAACUCCGCUCCUUCAAGGACUUCACAACAGGAUUCCCACCAGACCUCCGUGGAGAGGCGCUUUCCAACUCCGAAGCUAUCCGCAGCUCACACAAUGCCUUUGCGCGCGCAUCUCCAUUCGUCGAUGAGACGGUUCGCACUGCCGCAGAUGAAGAAGGCGACGUGUACCACUUCAUCGCCUAUACGCCCGUCAACGGCAAGCUGUACGAGCUGGACGGCCUACAACCAUACCCCAUCAGCCAUGGACCAUGUGACUUGGAUGCUUUCCCCGAGAAAGUGAUCGAAGUCCUACAGCGACGCAUUGCGCGCUAUCCUGGCGACGAGAUCCGAUUCAACCUCAUGGCGGUGACGCAGGAUCCGCGAGUGCGGGCCCGAGAGAUCGGUGACGUAGAGACAUUAGAGCGCGAAGCGAGAAAGAGACGUGCCUGGUCGUGGGAGAACACUCUGCGACGAUGGAACUUUGUCGGUUUCAUUGGCGAGGUUCUCAAGGGUGUUGUGGAGAUGAAGGAGAAUCAGGGUCCGGAGGCUUACGAGGAGUGGAUCAAGAGUGCGAAGAAUCAGACGAAGCGGAGAGCGGAGCAGAGAAGAGGCGGUGGUGGGUUGGAAUGA